AUGGCAUGCACCGCCCAAGCGAAUGGAUCUAUUAAGAACUUGAAAAAAGGCACGACAAUAAUUACCGCCGAGCCGUUUGUAUUUAUUCUCGGGUCUUUGCACAGAAAGGAGCGCUGUGAUUAUUGUUUCAACAGCGGAAAAAUCUCAAGAUGCUCUGGCUGUCAAUUUGUGUAUUACUGCAGCAAAAACUGUCAGAAAAAAGGCUGGCUGAUUCACAAAAUCGAGUGUCCGAGUAUAAAACGUGUUUCUCCAAGGAUAGUACCUGAUGCUGCUAGGAUGCUGGCUAGAAUUAUUAUCAAAUUAAAUCAAGGGGCUAAAAAUGAACGGGGCUAUUAUACAGAUACUAAAUAUCGUACUUUUAAUGAUUUAAUGUCACAUGAAGAAAGUAUAAAAAAAAACAUUAAAAAAAUGGAACAUUUUACAUCACUAAGUAUGGUAUUACUAGAAUUUUUGCCUAAAGAAAUAAUACCUGAGCCUAGAGAAUUAUUAAGAAUAUUUGGACGCAUGAGUGUAAAUUCAUUUAAUAUUCUUGAUACUGAUAUGACUAGUUUGGGUGUAGGAAUUUAUUUAGGACCCUCUAUACUUGAUCAUUCUUGCAAGCCGAACGCUACGGCUAUUUUCGAAGGUACCAAGCUGCUCAUAAGAACUCUGUGUGAUUUAGAAUCUCUGGAUUGGUCGAAGAUAUUUAUAACGUACAUUGACUUAUUAAAAGACACUAAAACCAGACGGGAAGAAUUGAACCAGUCGUACUUCUUCUGGUGUGAGUGCGAAAGAUGUAACACGCCGGAGACAAUAGAAAUAUCAGCGGCUUGUCCCAAUAAAAAAUGCACUAAUCCUUGCUCGCCGAUGCUUGAGAAUUGCGAUAAGUGUGGGGAAAAAAUAACGGAUGAGUUUGUUGAUAAAUUCAAUGAAGUAUGCGAGUUGUCGCUUUAUCAAUUAGAUCAAAUGCAAUCUACGGCUUAUUUAGAUGCCAGCAGAAUGUGUUUAGAGAAACAAGACGGUGUAGUACACCCAUAUAAUUUAGUAGCUGUACGUACAUUGGAAAAUGCUGUUGCAGCUGCUGUUGACUUAGAACGUUGGAAAGAAGCUGAAAUUUAUGCUUCUAAAUUAAUUCCUAAGUACUUGUACUAUUACGGGAAUUCACAUCCUAUGACUGCUCAGAUGUACUUUUCUUGGGGAAAAUUACUCUCGUUGCAAAAGAAAGGCCUUCAAGCCCUCGAAGUAGUGACUAAAGCUGCGCGUAUUAUCGAGCAAACCUUCGGAGCUAACCAUUCUAAAGUAAAAGACGAAGUCAAGCCUGUCCUAGACCAGCUGGUCGCAGAGUAUCGUAUCACAAAUGAUAAUUAA